GUGACCCGUGCGCUGUGUAACGACCCCUAAAAAUUCAGCCCAUGAAAAAUCGAGGGCAGGGUCCCCCGUCUGACCCCAGGAUUAGCACUUAAGGUGCUCUUUUGUUAUCGAUAUGCAAUUCCCAAUUAUACCUAAUUUCGCAAAAGUGCUACACAUCGCCCCUCUCCUUUUUCUAGAAGACGAACAGAAUAUUCAAUAUACCACGAUAACUCGGCUACGAUGUCUACUACCACGACUGUUACCCAGAGUAUCCCGACGGCGGAAACCCUGCUCCGUCUUUUUCCAGAUAUAGACACUAGCUCCGCCGAGCUGGAAGGUCACGAUGCAGAACAGAUUCGGCUUAUGGACGAGGUAUGCAUUGUCCUCGAUAACGACGACAACCCAAUUGGAACGGCCAGCAAGAAGCUCUGCCAUCUGAUGACAAAUAUCGACAAGGGCUUACUGCACCGAGCCUUCUCCUGCUUUCUCUUCGACGAUAAGAAUCGAUUGCUCCUUCAGCAGCGCGCGUCCGAAAAGAUCACUUUCCCUGAUAUGUGGACGAAUACGUGCUGCUCUCACCCCUUGGGAAUUCCUGGCGAAACUGGCUCUAACCUGCCAGAUUCGGUCGAGGGUGUUAAGCGCGCUGCGCAACGAAAACUCGAUCACGAGCUAGGCAUUAAGAAGGAGCAGGUACCAUUCGAGGACUUCCACUUCCUAACACGAAUCCAUUAUAAAGCUCCUAGCGAUGGUAAAUGGGGCGAGCACGAGAUUGACUAUAUCCUUUUUAUUAAGGCGAACGUGGAUCUCGAUGCCAACCCUAACGAAGUGAAGGACACUAAAUACGUCACUGCCGAAGAGCUGAAGGCUCUCUUCAACGACCCAAAGCUAAAGUUCACGCCUUGGUUCAAGCUCAUAUGCGAGUCGAUGCUCUUCGAAUGGUGGGAAAGCCUCGACUCCGGGCUUGAGAAGUACACCAACGAGCAGGAGAUUAGGCGCAUGUGAAGCAAGGUUAUACUAAUUAGAGGAAAUAAGAGAAGAAUCGGAUUGUUUACUGAUUUCUUUAUUUGAUUUUUAGAACUCAGCUGAGAAAGGAUGGAAGAAGAGCCCUUAUCUAGAGUACACUAUUUUUACGCCCAAUGGCGAACUGCAUCGAACUGCAUAUUUUCAUAGAUAUCCCCUUAUGCUCCUAUGCGGUAUUUGAAGCGAGGGGUUUACUUUUUUAAUUGUUUCAGAAAUGCAAGACCUCGUUAAUAUCACAUCCAAUCAUCUAACUGCAUCU